CCCGCUCCCCCCCCCCCGCCCACGCACACACGCACACACGCAUCCGCCUGGUCGCGGCCUGUUGCCAUGCCAGUCCCGCCCCCCGUCUCUGCCACGCCGGAGGACCCGUCGGCUGCCGGCCAGUCGCCGGAGUCCCUGUCGCUGGGCCUGGACCCGGUCCUUUCGGAUUCGGAUACCGACCAUCACCAUGGCGAUGUGCUUGCUCUCGGGCCGAUCGCCGACAGCGACGAUGACGAGGCCCCGGACGCCGGGGACCUUGGGUCCCUGCCGGCGCUAUUGCGCCCCGGGGGGCCGCCACCCCUUGGCGCCGGGGCCGCGGCAUCUGAUGCCUUUGACCGGGACGUGGCCGAUGCCAUCGCCAAGAUGUCCACCAUGUUGACCGAGGCAAAGCGGGCCCUCGGGCCGCUGGUGUCACUGCCGCCUGCCAGCACACGGGCCAAGCAGGACGCCGCACGCCUGGCGUCUACCAUGUCACUACUGUGCUUUGGCUUGCUCGGGCCGUCGGCCGAUGCCGAUGCCUUCCCGGCCCAGCGGACCGCCGGGCGCACGCCAGGCGCUCAACCUUCCCCCAGCCACCCGGUGUCCACGGAGCCGCUGUCAUCGAUCGUGGCCGCGGCCCUGGCCCCGAGCAUGGGCGCCACCGGGGCCGGGGCCACCUUCACAGCAGCCGAGUCGCCGAUCGUCGGCCUGGUCCGGGCACUGGAAAAUUUGGCGGCCGACGCGUCGACCAGUCUGUCCGCCGCCGGGGGCAGCAGCAGCAGCAGCAGCAACACAGCCGCGGCCUCCAGCCCGGCGGUGUCCGACGGCCCGGACCCGGGCUCGGGGCUCGGCUCGCCGGAGUCUCCACUGGCCGGCGAACGCCCGGCCACGCCGGAUGGCGACCUCCCGGCCGCCGAGCCGGACGAGUAUGCCGCCCGAUCGGAGGCCAUCCUGCGGGGCGACCUGCGCGCCUUGCCGCCCCGGCUGCGGCCCAUCGCCCUGGAGAUCAUCCGCCUGCGCACGGCCUCGGCCGAGCGACCUCCCUCGCCCGGGAACGGGGCCCUGUGCGCGGCGUGCGCCGGGCCCUUUUCGCCACCGCCGCCACCGGCGCCAGCCACCGGUGCCGUGCGCAGUUUCUUCUCCUCCCCAUCGAGCAUGAUCUCGCGCAUGGGCGGCUAUGCCUCGUCCACGCCGACCCCGCCCUCCUCCACGGCGGCGGCCGACUCGCAGGCCAUCGUCCGGGCCUUGACGCUGGAGAUCACCCGGCUAAACCAGGAGAAUGCCUCGCUCAAGUCCGCCCUGGACGCGGCACGCGUGGCGGCCUCCUGUGCCAGCCCCUUCGCCGGGGAGCGCCGGUCGGAUUUCUCGCUGGAUGUCGGGGCCACCCUGGCAGGCGGGUCGCCGGCCGCCAGUGUCCUGCAGCUUGGGCGCUCGCCGAGCUUCGAAGAGCGCCUCCAUCGGCACGGUUUGCUGGACACGCCGGCCGAUCCGGCUGCACUGGGCCUCCCCCUGGCCGGGUCCUUCACCGGGGCCGGGGUCGCCCUGCACGAGGCCGGUGGCCCUCCCUCCCUGGCGGAGGGGCCACUGACUCCGGUUCGCCAGGGCCCGGGCGCAGGGCCUGACCAGCUCCACCGCUACCACCACGGUCCUGGGCCCGGCCCCGCCGAGGACCUGAUGCUGGGCGCUGCUGGGGGACCAGACCCCGGCCAGCACGGCUCCAGCGGGGCCGUGCUCUUUUAGCCGGCGCGCCGGAGAUAAUACACCCCUUCGUUGGCACA